GUGGCCCAAGAGGCAGGGAGAAACCGACAGGCGUGACAGCCCCCAGGGGAGUGCCUUGCAAGUGGGGGGUGCCCAGCUGCUGUCUUAUUUUAAGUAGAGUCCCAUGUUGAAUCUAUUCCAGGAGGAUGAGGCCGGCGAGGGCCGCUUCAACUUCUCUGCCUACGGGAUGGGCCCGGCCUGUCUGCAGGCCAAGGACGGCAUCUCAGUCAAGGGUGCCAACAGCAACAAUACAACCAGCCCCGCCGCUGCGCCUUCUAAGUCCCCAGAGGAGAUGCGAAAACUCUUCAUCCAGAGGGCCAAGAAGAUUGACAAAAUAUCCCGCAUUGGCUUCCCCAUGGCCUUCCUCAUCUUCAACAUGUUCUACUGGAUCAUCUACAAGAUCGUCCGCAGGGAGGAUGUACACAACCAGUGAUGGGUCUGGGACUGGGGGUGGCUGGGAGCGUGCACAGUGGGGACAGCACAGGAAGCUGAGAGCCUGAGGCAGAGCAGGGAAGAGAGGGAGGGGCACACACGCACAACUCUCUCUGCAGUACGUGCAAUAGCAAGUGCAGGAAUGCAUGAAUCUUAG